ACCAAACAACCCUUUUCGUCUCUCAAGAACAUUUGGUGUCCCGUGGCACUGACUGCAAACUCAAUUCAGUGUUGCCAAAGAUAAGGAAGACAGAAGGAAAACACGGAUGGAAAUGGUGUCUUUAUGUUCUUCUGAUAAAACCCUAGUCAAACCCUUCUCUUUAUCUUCAUCUUCCCAUGUUUUCUUUCCUAAAUUCGUUCGAUUGAAGCUCAACAGGGCAAGGUUCUCUUUUCAUGGCAAUGACAGGCUCAAAAUUAGGGCUUCCUCAUCUUCGAAUUCUGUUGUGUCCUCGUCUACUCCCGACAAAGAAGAUGCAGAGUCUUCGCAGCUGUUUGAGAAGCUGAAGGAAACAGAGAAAGAACGUAUAAACAAGCUGGAGGAGCUUGAUAGAAAAGCAAAUACACAGUUAGAAAGACAGCUUGUUAUGGCUUCAAAUUGGAGCAGGACAUUAUUGACAAUACAGCAAAAGUUAAAGGGAACAGAGUGGGACCCUGAAAAUUCACACAAGAUCGAGUAUAGUGAAUUCUUAAGGCUCCUUAAUUCAAAUAAUGUUCAAUAUAUGGAGUACUCAAAUUAUGGGCAGACAGUAUCAGUGAUUCUACCACAUUACAAGGAUGGAGUAUCAAAAAGCGAGUCAGAAAAAGAUAUAGUUUUCAAGAGACAUAUUGUUGAUAGAAUGCCUAUUGACAGCUGGAAUGAUGUUUGGAAAAAGUUGCAUCAACAACUUGUGAAUGUUGAUGUUGUUAAUGUGAACAAUAUUCCUGCAGAGGUGUAUUCGAGUGUUGCAACUAUUGUUGUGUGGUCAAUGAGACUUGCUCUUGCUAUUGGAUUAUACGUGUGGAUUGAUAAUAUAAUGAGGCCAAUUUAUGCAAAAUUAAUACCUUGUGAUCUUGGAACCCCUCCUAAAAAGAUUAAACAGCCUCUCAAAAACCAGGCACUUGGAUCAUUAGGCGAGAGUAGGGCUAAGUUUAUAUCAGCAGAAGAAACAACUGGCGUAUCCUUUGAUGAUUUUGCAGGACAGGAAUAUAUAAAGAGGGAAUUACAAGAAAUUGUUAGAAUAUUAAAGAAUGAGGAAGAGUUUCAAAAUAAAGGCAUAUAUUGUCCUAAAGGUGUCCUACUUCAUGGCCCACCUGGAACUGGUAAAACCCUUCUAGCAAAAGCCAUAGCUGGUGAAGCAGGUCUUCCUUUCUUUGCUGCAAAUGGCACUGAUUUUGUCGAGAUGUUUGUAGGGGUAGCAGCGUCUCGUGUGAAGGACCUUUUUUCAAGUUCAAGAUCAUUUGCUCCAUCAAUCAUAUUUAUUGAUGAGAUAGAUGCUAUUGGUAGCAAACGUGGUGGGCCCGACAUUGGUGGGGGUGGUGCAGAAAGGGAACAAGGCCUUCUUCAGAUAUUAACAGAAAUGGAUGGAUUCAAAGAGUCAACAUCUCAAGUGUUAGUUAUUGGAGCAACAAAUAGGCUGGAUAUUCUUGAUCCUGCCCUUUUGAGAAAAGGUCGUUUUGAUAAAAUAAUAAGGGUUGGUUUGCCAUCUCAAGAUGGUAGAUUGGCUAUAUUGAAGGUGCAUGCAAAAAACAAGUAUUUUCGUUCUGAGGAGGAGAAGGAUACAUUAUUGUUGGAAAUUGCAGAGAAAACAGAAGAUUUUACUGGAGCAGAAUUGCAGAAUAUACUGAAUGAAGCUGGUAUUUUGACUGCUAGAAAGGAUUUGGACUACAUAGGACGAGAAGAGCUUCUUGAGGCCUUGAAAAGGCAAAAAGGAACAUUUGAAACAGGUCAAGAAGAUAAAAGUGAAGUACCUGAAGAGCUUAGAAUAAGGUUGGCAUAUAGAGAAGCAGCAGUUUCCAUUCUGGCAUGCUACUUUCCAGAUCCCUAUCGACCUUUCACAGGGACAGAUAUCAAUUCUGUUAAAAGCCAAUCAAACCUUCAGUACUUAGAAGUUCCAGGGCGUGUGUUUAAAAGAAAGUCAGAUUAUGUGAACUCCAUAGUCAGUGCUUGUGCUCCGAGAGUAAUUGAAGAGGAGAUGUUUGGAUUAGACAAUUUAUGCUGGAUAUCUGCAAAAGCUACAUUAGAAGCUUCUAUGCUUGCUGAAUUUUUAAUUCUUCAAACUGGAAUGACAUCAUUUGGGAAGGCAUAUUACCGAAAGAAUCAUGAUUUAGUACCAAAUCUUGCAGUAAAACUUGAAGCACUUAAGGAUGAAUACAUGCGUUUUGCCAUGGAAAAAUGUUAUUCUGUCUUAAGAGAACAUUAUUCUGCUGUAGAAGAGAUCACAGAUAUUCUAAUUGAGAAGGGAGAAAUUGAAGCUGAUGAAAUUUGGAGUAUAUACAAGAAUAGCCCUCGGAUACCUCAGCCUCGUGUGACCCCUGUUGAUGAAUAUGGUGCACUGAUAUAUGCUGGAAGGUGGGGAAUCCAUGGUGCUUCACUUCCAGGUAGGGUCACAUUUGCACCUGGAAAUGUUGGAUUUGCAACUUUUGGUGCCCCUAGACCAAUGGAGACUCAAAUUAUUAGCGACGAUACAUGGAAGCUAGUGGACAAAAUUUGGGACACGAAGCCAUUUUCUAUGAUCCUUGUUGCCUCUUUUGUGCAAAUUACAACUUAUGUGGAAUCUAGAUGCAUUCAUUUUUCUUGAUCAUAGAUCCAUUCACUCCAAAGAUUUAUUGGAUCUUAGUUCAUGGGUCAUUUGAAGAUCAUCUUAUCGCACACUAAAAAAAACUUGAUUGCAUGCAACCAUGGAGCAUGAAGAUGUUGUCAGAUAGAUAUGUUUACAGGGAAGAUGUAUCAGUUUGUAAGAGGCCUAAGUUUAUUCGAAGGGCAUAAAUGGGAUUUCACACCUGUUUUGAAUAGUAGGGGUAGAAAAAGGAUAUGUUGUGCUAGUAUGCAAAUCAGAGGGAGAGCUUGUAUUUAAUAUAUAUAGUGAAAUAUGCUUGCCACACUUUUUGGAGGAUAAUACUUGCUUUGUUUUUUCCUUUUUCAUCACC